CGGGCUGGCUCGGCCUUGCCAUGACUCAGUGGUUUUCUUUUCACGAGGCCCCUCAGGCCUCAGUAUGUAUGUGUUUGUCAACUGGGUGGAUGUGGCUUAGGGAGAGAGGGAGGGGGAAACGGCGAGCCGGAGCAAGGCCCCUGCCUCUCUUCCCGGGUUCUGGCCCAUCCCUUCCCGGGAGCGCAACCAGGAGAGUCCGCCCUGACCGUCAUCGUCGCCUGCCAUUUUCUCCGUCUUUUUUGUCGGCGCGUUUGGCGUCCCGGAGUCCUUGGAGCUGGAGAGCGGCUCGCUUUCCUUUUAUCCGCUGCUUGUCCCAUUGCCCCCCCCCCCGGGCCGCCUCCGCCUGUCGAAGGGCUGAAUUUACUGGCAGCGGCUUCUCCUUUGUUUCCUCCGACUUGGCCGGUAUCCAUUGUGCCACUUCGAAAAUCCCCGGCUCCUCUGGGUCCCAAAAAGCUUCAGGAUUUCCCUGGAGGCGCCCUUCUUUCGAGGGCCUCCGAGUUGAACCGAAGCGUCUUGUUGCUUUACAAAGUUAAAUGCGUGUUGAUGAGCUGGGCAAUUGCGUGCCCACAAGAUGGCUCAGGAAACCAACCAGACCCCAGGACCCAUGCUGUGUAGCACAGGAUGUGGAUUUUAUGGGAAUCCUAGAACUAAUGGAAUGUGUUCCGUCUGCUAUAAAGAACAUCUUCAGAGACAGCAAAAUAGUGGCCGAAUCAGUCCAAUGGGAACAUCAGGUGGUUCCAAUAAUCCUACCUCAGAUUCUACAUCUGUACAGAGAGCAGAUACUAGUUUAAACAACUGUGAAGGUGCUGCUGGCAGCACAUCAGAGAAAUCAAGAAAUGUGCCUGCUGCCGCCUUGCCUGUAACACAGCAAAUGACAGAAAUGAGCAUUUCAAGAGAGGAGAAAGUAAUUCCGAAAACAGAGACAACAGAGCCAGUGGUUACCCAACCAAGUCCUUCAGUUACUCAACCUAGUACGUCUCAAAAUGAAGAGAAAACACCUGAAAUGCCCAAACCAAAGAAGAACAGAUGUUUUAUGUGCAGAAAGAAGGUUGGACUUACAGGAUUUGACUGCCGAUGUGGAAAUCUGUUUUGUGGACUUCACCGUUAUUCUGACAAGCACAACUGCCCAUAUGAUUACAAAGCAGAAGCUGCAGCAAAAAUCAGGAAAGAGAAUCCAGUUGUUGUGGCUGAGAAAAUCCAGAGAAUAUAAACUAACCUACUUGGUGCAAAGACUGACUUCCUUUGUUUUUAUUUUAAAAUAUAGGAAAACAUUAAAGAGCAGAUGCAUGGCCAUUUUCCUUUGAUGUUCUCCAGAGUUUUACUUUAGUUUGUCUUAUUGAUUGAUAUUUUAGGAUAUUGUGGGUGUUACAGGCAGAAUUGGAUAGAUACAGCCCUUUAAAAUGUAUACAUGCCCUCCCCCAAAUGAAUGAAAGAGUAAGACCUGCAUUGGAAAACAGACAUGCGCAAAAGGACAGAGUUGUCUAGUUCACAUGUGCCAAACAGAUGCAUAAAAUCUGCAUGUUUGCAGCAGAUUUGCCUUUUGGGAUUGUUGAUAGAGGUAUAUCAUCUUUGGAUAGUGCUAAUGUGCCUGUUUGAUUAAAUGAUACACCAAGAAAAACGAGUCUCCUUUUACCAUAGUUAAACGUAAUCAUCUUUAAUUUCCACACUUCAUUGUUUUGAGGCUGAACUGCAGAGGAGCCGUUUCUAAAUGAAAAUGGGUGUUCAGGUGCCAUAAACUGCAGUUUAAGAUUACCUUCUAAAGGAUGUAAUCUUUGGAAGUGAUAAAAAUUGUUCAACUGUUAAAAACUAGUUCCUGAAGGAAACUUUUUUUCAGAAUUUUAUGAACUAGCCUACAACAUGAGACUUGUCUGCUUCUUACUCUUAAGUAGCUAAAUACAUUGUGUAGCACAAUGCAACAAGAAUUGAUUUCAGUUUACAAAAUAAAGGCUACAUUUUUGAUAAAAGUUAAUCACAGCAGCUCUUUCAAUUAAGCACCUGCAUCUGAUGAACCUAGUUUGCAAAUGUAUUGAAGCCUUUAAUUUUUUCAUAUGCAUCUUAAGUUUUGAAUAUGUUCUGGUUUGAAAAGGUUAGCCUUUAAUUUUUUUAUAGUUUCCAAAUGUAGUGAGAUUGCACCCUUUUGCAUGGAGAAAUCAUACCCAAUAUGGCUGCUGUACACUUACGUGGUACCUGGAACCACUCUGAGGGGCUGCUUUUAUCAUUUUAUAGUAUUUGGGUGUAGGACUGUAGUGUUCUUGGGUGUAUUGCAUGGGCUGCAUUAUCUACAGCAUUGUACAAUAACAACUCUAGAAAAGGCAGUAUACUUCACUGAUGCUUGUCUGGUAAUAUCACUUCUGUGUUAUAAUGGAAGGGUUUUUUGUGAUGUAUGAAACUUGUGUUUUUUAUAUAAACAAGUACAGUUUAGAGUAGUAUAGUGGUAAUGCCUGUUCUCAUUUGUAAAUAGUUGUGUAUACAUAGGGCACUACUUCUGAUUUCUAUUGCAGUGUUCAGUCUUAGUUUUCUUCAUUAAAAGCAUCAGGUCUUUGCUUUAAAUUUUGUCCUCAGUUGAGUUAUUAGAUAAGCAAAUGUGUACAGAUAGUUCAUAUUUAUGUAUUGCACAUAAUCAUGCUACCCAGCAUCUAUGCUAUAUUGUAUUAUGUAAAUAAUAAAAUCAUGUACAGAGGGAUCUA